CCCAGGAUCAGAACGAUUCCACAGCUUCACUUGGAUCAUUCCUUCGUAUUGGUAUUUUUACUGCAACAACGAACUAUGAUUUACGUUGGAGAAACUUAACUUAGUCCGAAGAGAGAGAAAGAGAGAGAGAUUCUCGUCCACUGCACUGUGGUAGCUCUUGUGGUUCCAAAGGAGACGAGUCAUCACUCUCUCCCGACUUUAAGCCAAAUUUAGAUUCUUCUCCAAUUGGCUCUAUUCCGCCUUUAACCCCUCGUAAUUCCUCACCUCUUUAUUAGCAUCAAAAUUGGCCAUCCUUUUUUCAAUCACCCAUAACCCUAUUCCUUCCUUUUUUUUUUACAUUAUUUUACAAACUUCUACAACUCAAUAAUAUGGCAUUAAACUCUAUUAGAAAUUCAUGGACUCCGCAGCAAAACAAGUUGUUCGAAAGGGCUUUAGCGCAUUUCGAUAAGGACACUCCUGACCGCUGGCAAAAUGUGGCUAGGGCUGUAGGAGGCGGAAAAUCGGUCGACGAAGUCAAGCGACACUAUGAAAUCCUUAUUGAGGAUCUCAGGCGCAUUGAAUCUGGUCUUGUUCCUCUUCCUACUUACAGGAAUGGUGGCACCAUUGGAGUUGCAGCCGAUGAAGAACAAAGGCUUCUGAGGUAUCUGAACCUGCACUAGUGAUGAUGUUAAUAAGAAGAUAUUAAGCUGGAUAUCGUUACCUAGCAAGGCAAGUGUAUGAAAGAAAGAUGAUGUCCUUAAAAUUACUGUGGAAAUUUGUACCUUCUCCUUUUGUUAAAUAGUGUUGUCUGGUACUUUAAUUCCUAUAUGUUUUAUUGCAUUGUACUACGACAUUAUCUUAUGUAUUAUCGAAUCGUAUGAAUCUCUCAUGUCAUUCUAUCCUGUACAAUAGUUGUUUCAGUGUUUCAAUCUUCAAAAGAAAUUAGCAUAUUUACCUCAUAAAAUGUCGAGUACCGCCAUGUUU